ACACCCGUCACAAGGUUCUGGUGAUGGAGUAUUGUCCCUGUGGGAGUCUGUAUACGGUCCUGGAGGAGUCUUCUAACGCCUACGGACUCCCUGAGGAUGAGUUCCUUAUCGUGCUACAGGACGUGGUAGCCGGUAUGAACCAUCUCAGAGAGUACGGCAUCGUGCACCGUGACAUCAAACCAGGCAACAUCAUGCGCGUCAUCGGCGAGGACGGGAGGUCCGUCUAUAAGCUGACUGAUUUCGGAGCAGCCAGAGAACUAGACGACGAUGAGCAGUUUGUCUCUCUUUACGGCACUGAGGAAUAUCUGCACCCUGACAUGUAUGAGCGUGCAGUGCUGAGGAAAGAGCACCAGAAGAAGUAUGGUGCAACGGUUGACCUGUGGAGCAUCGGAGUCACCUUCUUCCACGCUGCCACCGGGUCCCUCCCCUUCAGACCCUUCGAAGGACCACGCAGGAACAAGGAAGUCAUGUAUAAAAUCAUCACAGAGAAGCCGUCAGGAACCGUCUCUGGGCAGCAGAAGUUUGAGAACGGGAAGAUUGAGUGGAGCACAGAGAUGCCUGUCUCCUGCAACCUGUCCAAGGGCCUCCAGAGCUUGCUGACCCCAGUCCUAGCCAACAUCUUGGAGGCUGACCAGGAGAAGUGUUGGGGCUUUGACCAGUUCUUUGCUGAGACCAGUGAUAUCCUGCAUCGUACCGUGGUGUUGGUCUUCAGUCUACAGCAGGCUACUCUCCACUACAUCUACAUCCACCAGUACAAUACGGCGACUCUCUUCCAGGAGCUGUUGUCUCGUCGGUGCAGUAUCCCGGUCCAUAACCAGGAGCUCUUGUACGAGGGCGACGCACAGCUUGAGCCCAACCGCCAAGCCCAGAUUCCGCGGACCUCCAGAGACAACCCCAUCAUGCUGCUCAGCAGAGAGUCCGUAGCUACAGUGGGGCUCAUCUUCGAGGACCCGAGUCCUCCUAAAGUCCAGCCUCGCUACGAUCUGGACCUGGAUGCCAGCUAUGCCAAGACGUUUGCAGGAGACGUGGGCCACCUGUGGAAGACCUCAGACUCCCUGUUGGUUUGUCAGGAGCUGGUCAGGAAGGGAGUCAGGGGACUGAUUGAGUUAAUGAAGGAGGACUACAGCGAGAUGAUACAUAAGAAGUCAGAGGUCAUCCACGUCUGUCACUACUGCGCUCAGAUCCUGGAGAGGACAGAGCAGCUGUACGAGGUGUUAAUGCAGGCCAAUAUGUUGUCGUCGUCAGAAUACGAUGAGAUCUCAGACAUGAGGAAGAAAAUAGUCCUUAUCUCUAACUCCAUAGUCCCCAUGGAGCAGACGGUUCAGGACAUCAAGAGUAAGUUCCUGUCAGGUGGUGUUCUGACGGACAGCUGGACUCAAGCUGGAACACACCCUGAAGACAGGAAUGUUGAAAGGAUCAAGGUUCUCCUGGACUCCAUUACAGCCAUCUACCACCAGUUUAAGAAGGACAAGGCUGAGAGACGUCUGCCAUACAACGAGGAACAAAUACACAAAUUUGACAAGUAGGUCCGUCUUUUCUGUCCCG